AUGAGGCGUAUUAAGGAGUACAAGCGCCUGGAGGAUGAUUGGCUGCAGAGUAAGGGUAAGGCCCCGGUACUGAAUCGUUCUCGGCAGAGCGGGUUUCAGCUAAGGCCUCGAAGAGAUUUAAGGAUACAAGGGGCUAAGUUGAAACUGGGGGAGGUGAACGUGAUGUUUAAGGAGCCAGUACACAGAAUUGUAGAUCAGAUCAAGAACAAGCCAGGGCUCGGACUGAAGAAUGAGGACCUCUCAAGAUACGAUACGCCCCUGGUCAGGUUUGAUGGCCAAAGGGUGAUUCCCGAGGGGCAAAUAUCACUUCCAGUGAACAUGGAAGGAAAGGAGGUAACAGUAGUUUUUAUAGUUAUCGCUUCGUUUUCUCCAUAUAUGGCCAUUCUGGGUAUGCCUUGGAUCCAUGCGAUGGGGGCAGUCUCCUCCACCCUGCAUGUGAAGGUUAAAUUCCGCACAGAGCAAGGCAUUGCCGUAGUAAGGGGAAGUCAACAAGCGGCCAGACAAUGCUUGGUAGUUGCGAUCGAUUGGAAGCACAAGCAGGCUAAGCAGAUGGAAACCACCAAGAAGAUAGGGGCAAGCAUGAGGGAGGGGGAUAAGGUAGAAACAUUGUUAUUUCUUAUACAAAACAUGGAUGUGUUUUCUUGGAGCCCGUAUGAGGUGCCCGGGGCAGAUCCUGGGUUCAUCGUUCACAAGCUUAAUGUAGACCAAGCAUUUCCUCCAAAGAAGCAGAAGUCGAGAAGGUCUUCUAAGGAACAUGUUAAGGCAGUGAGACAGGAGGCCGGGCGGUUAAAAGAGGCCGGGGUGAUAAAGGAAAUCUUCUUCCCGAAAUGGUUGGCGAACACCGUGGUGGUCAAAAAGAAGAAUGGCAAAUGGAGAGUUUGUGUAGAUUUUAAGGAUUUAAACCGAGCAUGCCCGAAGGACCUGUUCCCUAUGCCGAAGAUAGAUCAAUUGGUCGAUGCCACAUAUGGGCACCCGAGGAUAAGUUUCCUGGACAUCUUUCAGGGUUACCAUCAGAUCACCCUAGCUUCAUCUCCCCUGAUGCGAACUACCAUUACAUCGUGA